AUGCUGCGUCUCCCCGGUCUCCUGACGCGUCGCUGCGUCACCCCAGCCAAUGCUUUACCGAAGAAGGCGCUCUUCUCCUCUGCUGCGUCGCUCGAAUCGCUGGCUGCAAAGUCCAUGGCCACAGCCUUCCGUCAGUCCGGACACUUGCAAGCGGAUCUGGACCCGCUCCAGCUCCAGCAACGCACGGCUGUCCCCAGUUUGACCGUUGACAACUUUAAGCCGCUAUUGACACGUCCUUUAUCAGCCACAGACUUGGCUGGUGUCGUGUCUGUCCCUGCAGUAAACGGACAACAGCUCUACGACGAAUUACAGCGCAUCUACUGUGGCAAAACCGGGUUUGAAUUCGAACAUCUCAACUCGAUCGAGGAGAAAAGGUGGCUGGCAAAUGCUGCUGAGACGCUAGCAACAAGCGAAGUGUCUCCUUCUGACCUGCGCAAUGCAUACUCGAGCAUGCUACGUGCCGACGUGUUCGAGAGCUUCAUGGCCAAGAAGUUCUCAUCUUUCAAAAGAUACUCAGGCGAAGGAGCCGAGUCCAUGCUACCCGCAGUGGAGACUGUAUUGCAAGCGUGUACUACGUCGGGUGUGUCGGACGUAGUGAUCGGUAUGCCUCAUCGUGGACGUCUUGCCCUUCUUGUUGGAUCUCUCGAAUACCCGGCACACAAAAUCUUCCACAAAGUGAAAGGAUACUCGGAGUUCCCCGACACUUUCCGUGGCAUUGAUGACGUAUCGUCACAUAUCGCCACUACCGUAGACAAGAAAUACGCCGACAAAAAAGUGCACGUGUCAUUAGUGCACAAUCCGUCGCAUCUGGAGAUUAUCAAUGCUGUUGCAACUGGUAAAGUUCGUGCCAAGAAUGAUGGUGACUCGAGCACCAACGCAAUGGCAUUGCUACUUCACGGUGACGCAGCAUUCGCUGGCCAGGGUUGUGUGCCCGAAGCGUUGGCGCUUUCUCAACUUCCAGACUUCCAGACUGGAGGAUCGGUGCAUAUCGUGGUGAAUAACCAGGUGGGGUACACGACCACGUACCCGGACGGUCGUGCGACGCGGUAUGCGUCGGAUAUCGCCAAGAGUAUCGAAGCACCGAUUCUACACGUAAACGGUGAGAGCAUUGCGGACGUGAUCCGUGCGUGUCGUCUUGCUGUAGCCUACCGUAACCAGUUCCACAAGGACAUUGUCAUCGAUUUGAUCACAUUCCGUCGUCACGGACACAACGAAGUGGACGAGCCACGCUUCACACAGCCGAAAAUGUACGAGCGAGUGGACCAAGCGGAUCGAUUCCCCGUGAAAUUCGCUCACGAACUGGAGAGUGUUGGUCUUGUGUCACGUACGAGUUUUGAGAAGACUAUCGAGCGUCUGAAUGAGCAUCUGGAGAGCGAAUUGAAGAUGGUUACGGGAGAACCAGGCUAUAGACCCACAGAGAUCGACGCGUUUAAGGGCAAGUGGGCGACGAUGAUGCAACCAGAACCUGAAGAUCUGUACGUCAACAUGGAUACUGGUGUGGAGAUCGACAACUUGAUCCAAGUCGGACUGGCUUCUGUGGAGCUGCCUGAGAGGAUCCAGCCACAUGGUCGUCUACAGCGUACGCACAUCAAGUCACGACAGAAAAUGCUGCAAGUGAAGGACGGAGAAACCCCCGGAGACUUGCGUGUUGACUGGGCUACAGCUGAAGCCAUGGCGUUCGGAACUUUGAUGCAAGACGGCCACUCGGUGCGUCUUGCUGGACAAGACUGUCGACGUGGCACGUUUAGUCAAAGACACGCCUCGUUCACAGACCAGAAGACAGAAGAGCGAUACUUCCCACUGCAACAUCAUUUGCCUAAGACAUCGGAGACUGUUGGGAAGCUCAGUGUGAUCAACAGCAAUCUGUCCGAGCUGGCCGUCAUGGGCUACGAGUACGGCUACAGUGUGGAGAGUCCCGAGAAUUUGGUCAUCUGGGAGGCUCAGUUCGGCGACUUUUUCAACGGCGCUCAGAUCGUGAUUGACCAGUUCUUGUCAAGUGCAGAGUCCAAGUGGAUGCGUCAAUCCGGUCUCAUGUUGUUGCUGCCUCACGGCAACGAUGGAGCCGGCCCAGAUCACUCCAGUGGCCGCGUGGAGCGCUUCUUGCAGCUUGUGGACACUCCUGCGUUGACGCCACGCUCAUCUGUCAAAGAAUCCGAGACGGAACCGGUAUGGAAACAGUACCAACACGACACCAACAUGAUCGUCGUGAACGUGACUACGCCGGCCAAUUUCUUCCACCUGCUGCGUCGUCAGCAGCAUCGCUCGUUCCGUAAACCUGUGAUCAUUAUGGGGCCCAAGAUGCUGCUACGUCUUGCUGAUGCCACCUCGCCGCUGUCCGAGAUGGGGCCACACACAGCCUUCCAGCCAGUUCUCUCGGACCCGACGAUCACGGACGCGUCGCAGGUCAAGAAGGUGUACUUCUGCUCCGGUAAAUUCUACUACGAGCUGGCCAAGGAGCGACUUGCACGUUGCAAGAAUCCCGACACCAUCGCACUCGUUCGUGUGGAAGAACUGGCGCCGUUCCCGUUCGAGCAAGUGGCUGGAGAACUCGCCAAGUUCGACAAUGCCAAGAAGUUCGUAUGGGUGCAGGAAGAACCGCUGAAUCAAGGAGCAUGGACGUACGCUCAAGCGCACAUUGAGAAGCUGCUGGGCAAGAAACAGCACCUGGAGUUCAUUGGACGUGAUAGCCUCGCUGCCCCCGCUGUCGGCUUGUCCAAGCGCUCACAUGAACAACUGGAGGUGGUGCUGACUGAAGCGUUCGGCCCACAGAAGUAA